AUGGCCCACGACUCAGAGUUAUCUGUUGCGAAUAUCGCAUCGGUUGCGGAAGGAGUACUCAUGUCCCCUCGCGGCCCUCCGAGCUCAGUGGGCGCCUCAGAACUGGGACGACUGGCACUUGGUAGACCCGGAUCGCGGGAUAGCGAGAUGGUGACCACGAGAUCUGGCGCAAAGAGGGAGGCAGCGUCAAAGGGGGAGAAAGCGCGAAGUUCAGCCGGGCCGUCGAAGAAGAAGGGGCAAGAAAAAGCCUCAUCGUCGAAAACUACGAGAAAGUCUGGUCGGACGUCAAAGUCAGCGGCCGCUCAAGAUGAUCCGGACGACAGUGAUGAUGACGACGACCCGGACGACAGUGACAAAAGCGAAGACGAGGGUACGGGAGGUGUGGAGCAGGCGGUCCUCAAGCUCGCCUUGAUACACGAACCAUCUCACCACAGCUGGGCCGAGUUUCGAUCUCCAGACACGAGAAGGUCACUAGAGAGCACCAUCUAUCGAAAUAUUCAUAUGCAACAUGCAAGAAAAUACAGAACGGCCGCUGACCUGGCGCCUCUCAUGGCCGUGGCACCAGUUGGUGGGCGCGACUGGUCUGAAAUAAUGGCCAGCAAAAUGUGGCGGCGGUGGCACUCGAUUCUCGAAGAGUACCGCAGGUACAUCAACCCCGAUAGCGCAGGGGGUAACGAUGUGGAUACGACAAUCGAAAGUAUUCGCCGACUCUUUCACGCCGUGGAGGACACUUUGCGCCAAUUCCCUGGUAUGCCUGACAAUGCGAAGCAGCAACUCGGUGGCAUCUUCUUACGCGUAUUCCAAACAUUCCCGGUGUACAAGGACAGUAAUCGACCGCAAGGAGCGCCGUCCUACGCCGGUGGAUCGACGCAGUUCGAGUAUAACCUCCUGUUUCGCUUCGCAGCGCUCAAGGCCAGCUGGUUGCAGUGUUUGGAGGUUCUGCGUCGACUACACGGGGCUGGUUAUGCGGGAUUGUUCCACGCCCGACAGGAGGAUUGGGCGGGUGUACAUCGUGAUAUGUAUCAUGUGCUCGGGACCGCAGGCUGGCCACGCGACAGUGGAGAGUUCAUCACCGUGUUGCAUCGGAUCUUGACAGCUCUGGGAGUUGCCAUUGCGCCGAUCCCAACCAGUUGA